CGUCGCGGGUUAUAUCAGACGGAGAAAAAAGAUAAUGGAGUAAUUAAACAUAUCCAUCUCCGAGGAAUGGCCGAAAUUUUUCAUGGCUUUGAGUUGCUGCUGCUGAAGAAGUUCGACAACAACCCAGAACAAUGGCGAGAGCUGAAGCAAAAAUUGGCAAACAAGGACAACGACGACCAGGAGUCUUAUACCUACAUAGAUCUACUCAUGAUGGGGAACAUUCCUCAGAGUAUGUGGUUUUUGUCAGUGGCCCUCCACAACAGACCAAAGUAUCUCCUACAACUCAUACUACAGGAUUUAGAUAGAGAGAAGUUAGGAAACAUCAGAAGGCCAGGAGAAACUUUGCUCAAGACCUACUUGAAUACGUACAACUUCACAGAGUUUCAUUUAGAUAGUAUUUUUAAGUAUGGUGAAGACAACACUUUGCCAAAAGAGAUUUUCAAGUGCCCCAAUGUGAAACUGUUGUCCCUCAAAUACAACUGCCUGGAUAAAAUCCCUGUUGACGUUGGCAGAAUGAAGAAUCUGAGAUUUCUGGCCUUAACAAACAACAAAUUACAAGUGCAAUCAAUCCCCUACUCUCUGACUUUCUGUCGUAAACUGAAAACUCUCAUGUUGGACAAUAACCUACUAGAUGCAUUGCCAGGUUUCUUGUUGAAAAUGCCAGCCAUACGGACUGUCCAUCGUCAUGGCAACCACAAUUAUUUUAAGUCCACGUUCAUGUGGUACCACACGGAUGUGGGGUACCGCAUCAUCCCCUCUGAAGGUGCUCACCGUGAUUCUGAUAGAAAUCCCAAGUCCCUCCAGUUCUGGGCGGCUAAAACUGUGAUCGGAAUGAAGAUGGAUUUUUUCGAGGAUCCCAGCAUUUCUGUGAUAUUACAAGAUUACCUGUCAGAAAUCUAUCACCAGUUCAAGGUGUGCCAUUAUUGUAAUGGUGCCUCCUUUCAUUAUCAACCAGGUUACAAAGUUAUAACCUUUAAGAAUCCAUACCUAGGGAAUACCUGUGUUCCAUUUCAACACUGGGCCUGUACAAUCAAGUGUGCUGUGGCUCUGGAGGUGCCAGCCCGUCAGGAGCAGAUUGCCGCGGCGAGACAGCUGGACGAUCUAUAUGAGGAAUACAUUGAUGAAUGCCAGUCUAUGUUCUACGACGUACAAGCCAGACAAAGUGCCUUGUGUGGUUGCAUUUGUACAUCCCCACCCCCUACGAUCCGCUCCCCUCCAUCUACAACAAACCAUUCAAAUCGAAUCUGUGUAAUUUCAUAGACAGUGAACAAAUAAAAAAAAAUAUUUUGGGGGGUAGUUUUGGCAGAUGCACAACAAAAUCUUUUCUAGUAUACAAAAUAUAUACUACAUGUUUAUAUUAUUUUUUAAGAAGUACAAGUUUUUAAGCAUGAGAAAAUAAUUAGACAAAUAACACUUUUUAUGGAUAAAUAUGUACAUUUAUUUGAUCAUUGUUGGUCCCUUAGGAGUGUCUUGAAAACAGUUUAGAUACAUAUUCAAAAAAAGAUCUGCAUUUAUUCCUGUGAUAUAUUCUUUAUGGAUGCCAAAUUAUAUAGGGUAUUGCUAAUUUUAGAACAUUUACUAUUGUAUUUUGUGCCUUUUGAACAAGAGGCAUUUUUACUGUUCAUCUCAACCCCAUGUGAACCAUUCUCUUACCCUCGGAUAGUGACUUGAUCAUGAGAAGGGAACUACAUGUGGCACAUUCUGCUACUAUAGAGUUAUAUAAUUGCAUUUUUAAGUAGGUACAUGUACUUACACAGCAGAGUGUAGGCACUGUACAGCACAUACCCCUACCCCAUGCUCUAGUUAGCUUAUGGUAAUUUAACAAAUUGAAUUCCAUUUUUUUUAAAUAUAUACUUAUAGUUUGAUGCAUAUAUAUAAAUACAUUACUUUUUGUCAAUUGCUGAGCAAUUUAGUUUGUAUAUAUUAGCUACAUGUAGCUGCUACAAUAAAUCCUGAAUGCUUUUAUAAUGGGCUGUGCCUAGAAUUAAAUAUAUUAAUAAUUUAUGAAUAGAUUAUGUUUCAUAUGAAUUGAUACAUGUAUUUUGGAGUAAAUAAAGUUUUUAAGCUUUUUUCAUAGAAUGAUUUAUUAAAUAUGCUACUUGGUGCCUUUUAAUUUUUAUAAAAUGAUGAAAGUAAUGAUUUUUUUUAUAGAUACAUAAAAGACACAAAGGUUUUUAAUUCGCAUCUCAACCUGUUUGGUUAAGAAAGCAAACUUAACCCUAUACUGUAAAACAACUUUUAUUCGUGUAGGUGCCAGAAAUAUCUGCAAGUUUUGCAAUUUACGUUAACUAGCAAAUAAUUAUCGUCAUGAACCAUUUAGUUUGCUGUGUUUUUGUAGAGAAUGUUUCCUCAGUUAUGAAAAACAAUUGUUGCAGAUUGAUUGUGAACUGAUGGAUGGUGAAUAAAAGAUGACACGAAUAAUAAUAAUAGUUGGUUUGCAGAACCUUUAUUAACAAAUGAAUAAUUUCAUAUUUCACAUGCAUACCACUUCUGUAUGUGGUCUUAGUUUAUAAGGAAUGGAGUUUUAAUGUUAUUAUUGAUGAUUCUAAUGUUUUUGCAAUGUAUUGUACAUGUAUUUUUGGGGGGAAAAACUAUUGUAUAAUUUUGUACUAAUUUUUCAUUGUACAUGUAAAAAUAUACUUGCCAUGAACAUGUGUAUGUAGCUCAAUUUUUUCAUCUUUUAAGCAUUGGUUAAAAUGUUAAUUACAUACUUGUAAUAAAUAUCUUUUGGUCGAUUGGUUGAUACAUGUACUGUAUUGUAUAAGUAGAAAUUUUAGCGAGACACAAAAUUGGCAUUUUGUCUAUAAAAACCUGUAUUUUAGUGAGAAAAAAUUUUAGCAAUGUUAUUGUGCAACGAAAGAUAACUGUAACCUGAAAUGUGGAAUAAAUUGUUAGCCAUAUUAAUUUUAGUGAUCUUAACACCCUUGCCAAAAAUGCCAAAAUUGAAUCCUCGCUAAAAUUCCUGGUAUAAUACGGUAUUAUUCGUUGUAUUUGAAAUAUUACUUUACAAACCAAGGAUUCUAGUCACUUAUAAUCCAUUAUGAUAAGAAAUUAGAAAUUUUGCAAGAAGCACUGACUCAGUCAACAGCUUUUUCUUAUAUCAGGACAUUUACCAGUAUACUGAAGCUCUUUUGUGAUAAAAUUUUUAGAUUAAUGGUUAAUUAAAAGAAAAUAAUGGGCCAAGCUGCCGUUGCAUAACAGAUAUAUUAUAUCAUUGUUUAGAAAGGGAACCACCCUAACCUCACCCCCUCCUUUUCCAUUUCACCAACUUUUUCCAGGUUUUCAUUUCAUUUUUUCUUCCUUCCUCGAUUUCUUCAGAAAAUGAGAAUGAAAGGAGAUACUCCCUCAUAAAUACUGUAUUUUACAUCAUUUUGCCUCCCCUUAGCAGUAAAUCAUGUGAGUGCUCAAAGCACGUAUACACUGUACCUUGAACCACUAUUUUGCUUUUCUAAUUUUUAUGCCCCUUUUGAAGAAGGGAGGGCAUAUUGCUUUGCUGCUGUCUGUCGGUCGGUCUGUCGGUCCACUUAGUUUUCGUUCAUUUUCUUCACAACCGUUGCACAUACUGAAAUGAAAUUUAGUGUACAGAUUUAUCAGAUAAAUAUCUAGGUCAAGUUCUGUUUUGGGUUCGAUUGCACCAUUUUUAUACAAAGUUAUGCCCCUUAGACUAAGAAAAAUUCCAAUUAUUUGCAGUUUCCGUUCAUUUUCUUGGCAACUGUUGCACAUACUGUAAUGAAAUUUAGUGUACAGAUUUAUUAGAUGAAUGUCUAGGUCAAGUUCUGUUUGGGUAUUAUUGUGCCAGUUUUGCCCUUUUGGACUGGAAAAAUUCAAAUUUGGUGGGAGGGGGGCAUAAGUGUUAUACAAACAUCUCUUGUUUAUUAUUCCUCGCCUCCAAAUCUGGUUUAAUAUUUUGAAAUCAGCUGUUGACUGUAAAAGUCAAGCUUCUUGCAAAAGUUCAUAAGAAGGCAGGCAGAUAAAAUGUACUCACUAGUACAUGUACUGUUUUUUAUCUGCAUGAUAGUAUACAUGUACAUUGUAUUCUAAAACGAGAAUAAGCAUUGCCACAUAUUUUGUGCCCAAGACCAAGUAUGCACUUGUCCUACUUUUGAGAAAGGCAUUCAUUAAUAAUGCCUAUAUUAAUGUUUGAAAUGUAAUUUUGCUUACCCAUUGUUGUCAGCAUUUUUAUAAGCCAUUCUCUGUACCAUUUAUUGUUGAGCACAAAACUAGUUUGUGCAUUUGUAACAAGAUGUGAUAUCAAUAACUUGUCUCAUAGAAUUUUUUUCCUCUCCACUCAUUAAAAUCUCAACUAUAUUUCAUUUUAUCCAUUUUCAUCAACUCAAAAGUAUUUAUAAUGAUCCUUUAUCUCUUUAACAAUGACAUACUAAUUAAGUGAAAAUCCACAUACAUAAUAAAACUUUAGGAAUUUGUGCAAAAUUAUGUUAUUCCUACUAAAGCCU